CUAUCCUUCGAGCAUAGUUUUCUUCAUACGCUCAGUCAUGUGAGCUCAUCUGAUCUUAUAAGAGCGAAGUCGAAGGUGGUUGGUGACAAUCCUUCGGAUAGAUCGAGUGUAAAUUCCCACCUCAAGAGCCAUUUUUCUCUCGGACCUACGAGGGUGACGGCGCAUUUUCUCUCGAAUGAUUUUUACGAUCUCCUUUGUCGUUUUACUCUUCGGUCUUCCACUUCUAGGCUUGUCCUCCAGUCCGUCCGUCGUGUAGCCUUGUUACUGUUGACUUUGUUGUACACGGUUCUUAAGGAAUUUGCAGUAGAUAGUGGCACAGAUCCUGUCGAGAUCGAAGGCCUCGUUUCCUAUGAGGACCAGGACAGGAUCACGAUGCUCAAAGGUUCCCAUAGGAAACGAAUGUCCACAAACCUUAAGCGUUAUUCCCAUUGGUUCAUCCGAAUCCUUUUGGAAGUGAACUAGUCGAACUCUCGCAACAGAGUCCAACAGAGGGUCAUCACUGUCGUCACAGACUUCAGAUGA